AUGCCCGAAAAUAGGCAUAAUAUCCGGCCCUACACUUACUUGCCAUUUGGCGCCGGCCCUCGCAAUUGCAUCGGUAUGCGAGUGGCGCUAAUGGAGGCCAAGCUCUGUGUCGUACAUCUGAUCCAGAAGUAUAUGUUUGUGAGAAUACCGAAAACAUCGGUUCCCAUAAAGUUUCAAAUAUCAAUCACAACUCUCUCUCCGGGCGACGUUCACAUCGGCUUCACUAAGCGUUAG